UCAUACUCAGUCGGUCUGCAUGUUAAACUCAAACAUUUUUCGUAAAUUUUAACGUUUUUAACAAUCGAUUUGUUGUUUUUCUCUAUUUAUACUUUGUAAAUUAUGAAUUAUUGUGAAUGUUCCGUUGUUAAAAAUAUAACUUUGUCAACCUACAUAAGGUUCGAGUUGUUUAAAGUCGGUUUAUUAUACAGUGUUUACUAAAUUUUCGUAAAUGGGUACUGGUUAAUAAUAUAUUGAUGAAUCACAAAUCAUCGCAGGGUGUUCGAUACACUCAAGUCGGUUGGGUGUGUCUGGCAAUAGGAUUAUUCAUGCAAAUAGUAUCCGGAAACUUGGUAAACAGGUCUCCCAAUCUUUUGAGCCGUCACCGCAUCACCAAAAGGUCCUUCUAUGACUUACAAUGUAAAGGAGUUUACGAUAAAACGAUUUUCGCUAAAUUAGACAGAAUUUGCGAGGAUUGCUACAAUCUUUUCAAGGAACCUUCGAUUUAUUCGUUAUGCAGGGAAGAUUGUUUUUCAACAAAAUACUUUGGAGGGUGUUGUGAAACCCUUCUUUGUGAUGAUAUAGGACAAAUCCAGGAAAUGAUAAAACAAUUAAACGGGGGAGAUGUAAUUUAGGGUAAACUGCUUUUCCGAUAAAUACUUCAGGGGUUGUGUCGAAAGCUUACUAAUGGACGAGGAAUGGCAGGAACUUGAAAAAAUGAUCGAGUUCGUCGGAAAGUAAGUUUUCGUUACUCGACCACCCAGUGCCCUUUCAAUCUAGUCGAAAAAUCUAUCAACAAUUAGGUGAUUAAGUAUAAUUAAUUUUUGACAGAAUAUAGUGAAUGUGUCAUUUCUUACUGUAGCUGGUUCGAUGAUUUUUAUUUAUUUAUUUUCAUAAACAUAUUAUAAAUAUGCCUCACUAAACUCAACAACGAACCAUUUACAGUAAGGAGAAAGUAUUUUAUAUAGAAUGUUAUAUAUAUAUUUUUAUACGUUUUGAUGAAUAGAAAACAUUAAAUCGAGAAAUGACAUUCUAACCGUGAUAAAUUUGAAAAAUAAUCGUAAAAUUGCUUGAUUUUCUGCCUCACAUAUACCGUUUUCCACUGCAGCCUCAAUUUCUACACUCUUUCAAAUAUUGCCUCGCUUUCUAUAUUCUGUUCGAUCUUGCCUCGCUUCCGAAAUUAUUUUAUUUAAUUUUAUCUCUCAAUAUCCAUACUCUUUUCAAUAUUAUCUCCCUUUCUAUACACUUUUUUCAAUCUUGCCUCGCUCCCUUAACACUUUUUUCAAAUAUUGCCUCGUUUUCUACAUUAUUUCCGAUCUUGCCUAGUUCCUUAAAUCCCUUUUUUAAUGCCUCCCGGCCUUCUUCACUCUCUUCGUUAUUUCCCCGCUUCCUAGAGUCGUUUGUUAACCUUGCCUCGCUUUCUAUAUUCUUUUCAAUCAAGCCUCGCUUCCGAAAUUAGUUUUCUUAAUGCUAUCUCUCAAUAUCCAUACUCUUUUCAAUAUUAUCUCCCUUUCUAUACACUUUUUUCAAUCUUGCCUCGCUCCUUUAACACUUUUUUCAAAUAUUGCCUCGUUUUCUACAUUAUUUCCGAUCUUGCCUAGUUCCUUAAAUCCCUUUUUUAAUGCCUCCCGGCCUUCUUCACUCUCUUCGUUAUUUCCCCGCUUCCUAGAGUCGUUUGUUAACCUUGCCUCGCUUUCUAUAUUCUUUUCAAUCAAGCCUCGCUUCCGAAAUUAGUUUUUUUAAUGCUAUCUCUCAAUAUCCAUACUCUUUUCAAUAUUAUCUCCCUUUCUAUACACUUUUUUCAAUCUUGCCUCGCUCCCUUAACACUUUUUUCAAAUAUUGCCUCGUUUUCUACAUUAUUUCCGAUCUUGCCUAGUUCCUUAAAUCCCUUUUUUAAUGCCUCCCGGCCUUCUUCACUCUCUUCGUUAUUUCCCCGCUUCCUAGAGUCGUUUGUUAACCUUGCCUCGCUUUCUAUAUUCUUUUCAAUCAAGCCUCGCUUCCGAAAUUAGUUUUCUUAAUGCUAUCUCUCAAUAUCCAUAUUCUUUUCAAUAUUAUCUCCCUUUCUAUACACUUUUUUCAAUCUUUCUUCGCUCCCUUGACACUUUUUUUCAAAUUUGCCUCGUUUUCUACAUUCUUUCCGAUCUUGCCUAGAUCCCUGAAAUCCUGUAUUAAUGUCGCUCGACUUUCUAUACCAUUUUCAAUUUUGCCUCGCUUCCUAGACUUUUUUUUUAUCUUGCCUCACUUUCUACGUUGUUAUCGAUGUCGCCUCUUUCUCUAAAUUUCUUUUUUUAAUGCCGCCUCGCUUUUUAUACUCUUUUCAAUAUUGCCUUGCUUCUCAAGGUCUUUUUUAAAUCUUACCUCAUUCCUAGACUCUUUUUUCAUCUUGCCUCGCUUCUUAUACAACUCACACUCACUUUUUUAAAUAUAGCCUCACUUUCCAGACUCUUUUUCGAUUUUGUUUCGCUCAAUACACUCAUUUCCUUACUCCUGUCUCACUUUAUAUAAUUUUCUCGAUCUCACAUAAUUUUCUAGACUUGCCUCUUUUUUUAUACUCUUCGUUUAUCUAGCCUCGUAGACUUUUUUUGAUUCCGCCUCGCUUCUUAUACUCUUUUUCUAGUCCUGUCCCACUUUCAACGGUCUUUUUCGUCGUUUAUCUCACUUUCUGUACUCUUUUUAAAUUGCCUCGUUUUUAUACUCAUUUUUUAAAUAUUUAUAUACUGUCUUUUAUCAUGCCUCGCAUCUUGAACUACUUUUUAAAAAUCUUCUCUUAAUUUCUAAACUUUUUGAUCCAGACUCCUUUUUUCGCUUUGGUCCAAUUUCUUAGAUAUUUUUUGAUCUUGCCUCGCUUUAUCGCCUCAUUUGUUGCGAUUGUCCUUCUAUUCCUAUGCACUUUUUUUGAGUUUACUUCGUUUUGGAUGUCGCCCCGCUUCCUAAAUCAAUUUUUUCAAUAUAUUUUCUGUUUAUAGACUCAAUUAGAUAUUGCCUCGCUUCCUAAACACAUUUUUUUACUCUUGCCUCACUUUAUAUACUAAUGCCUCAAUUUCUGAACUUUUUUUGAUUCUUUCUUGCUCCAUAGACUCCUUUUCCUUAAUCCUGUUUUAAUUUUUAGAAUAUUUUUGAGCUUGCCUCGCUUCCUUGCCUCUUUUAUUUCAAUUAUAAUUAUUUUUUACACAUUUUCUUAGUUUACUGCAUUUUCAAAUAAUUUUUUUCAAUUUCUGCCUCACUUUAACGAUUUUUUUUAUCUUGCCUCGCUUCCUAAACACAUUUUUCACUCCUGCCUCACUUUAUAUACUAAUGCCUCAAUUUCUGAACUUUUUUUGAUUCUUUCUUGCUCCAUAGACUCCUUUUCCUUAAUCCUGUUUUAAUUUUUAGAAUAUUUUUGAACUUGCCUCGCUUCCUUGCCUCUUUUAUUUCAAUUAUAAUUAUUUUUUACACAUUUUCUUAGUUUACUGCAUUUUCAAAUGAUUUUUUUCAAUUUCUGCCUCACUUUAACGAUUUUUUUUAUCUUGCCUCGCUUCCUAAACACAUUUUUCACUCCUGCCUCACUUUAUAUACUAAUGCCUCAAUUUCUGAACUUUUUUUGAUUCUUUCUUGCUCCACAGACUCCUUUUCCUUAAUCGUGUUUUAAUUUUUAGAAUAUUUUUGAGCUUGCCUCGCUUCCUUGCCUCUUUUAUUUCAAUUAUAAUUAUUUUUUACACAUUUUCUUAGUUUACUGCAUUUUCAAAUGAUUUUUUUCAAUUUCUGCCUCACUUUAACGAUUUUUUUUAUCUUGCCUCGCUUCCUAAACACAUUUUUCACUCCUGCCUCACUUUAUAUACUAAUGCCUCAAUUUCUGAACUUUUUUUGAUUCUUUCUUGCUCCACAGACUCCUUUUCCUUAAUCGUGUUUUAAUUUUUAGAAUAUUUUUGAGCUUGCCUCGCUUCCUUGCCUCUUUUAUUUCAAUUAUAAUUAUUUUUUACACAUUUUCUUAGUUUACUGCAUUUUCAAAUAAUUUUUUUCAAUUUCUGCCUCACUUUAAUGAUUUUUUUUAUCUUGCCUCGCUUCCUAAACACAUUUUUCACUCCUGCUUCAUUUUAUAUACUAAUGCCUCAAUUUCUGAACUUUUUUUGAUUCUUUCUUGCUCCACAGACUCCUUUUCCUUAAUCCUGUUUUAAUUUUUAGAAUAUUUUUGAACUUGCCUCGCUUCCUUGCCUCUUUUAUUUCAAUUAUACUCAUUUUUUUACAUAUUUUCUUAGUUUACUGCAUUUUCAAAUAAUUUUUUUCAAUUUCUGCCUCACUUUGACGACUCUUUUUGAUUUUGCCUCGCAGCCUACACUCACUUUCAAAAUAUCGCCUCGCUUUUUAUACUAUAUUAUCUUGCCUCGUUUCCUAAUCACUUUUUUGUGUAAACUAAUAAUUUUUUAACAUAUGUUUCACGCUUUUUUUGUCGUUUCUCGUUUUGUAUAGUGCAAGCAACAGAAAAAAAAAACAGAUUUCGCUGAAAAAUGGAUAGAACGGUAUUUAAUUUACCAUAUUUCAAAUUGCAUAUAUAAAAAUAUAUUUAAGGAGGCUUGUGUAAUUAUCUACGACCAAAAUAUAUUUAUAUUUAAAUUUAAUUUAUUUACUUCUUGUUGAGAUUAUUUUUUCAUUGUGUAAGUAUUCUUCUAUAGGGUGAUAGAAAAAUUUAUCGAAGAAUAUACAAGGUGAAAACGGAAGGGGGUCACAAUAAAUAGCGAAAACAUGGUUAUUAAUUUUUUUUUUUGACACGUCCUUGGGAUUGUUUUCGAUACAUUUUUCUUAUUAUUUAUUAUUUUCACUGACAUUCCUUUAUCAGUAUUGUAGUUUUAUUAUACUUUUUUUACGUCACUUUUUUUUAUAAUUGAAUUUUUUUUUCAUAAAUCCAUCGCGACUAAGUACAAAAUACGAAGUGGAAUUAUACAAAAUACGAAAAAUAAGAUGAAAUAAAAAUAUAUUAACGAAUUACAUCGUCAAAAGUAUUUGUGAAAGCUUUAAAUAAAUAAAAAAUUGGAGUUCAAACUAUUAAAACUUAUGAGAUAACCUGUAUAAUGUAUAACAAAACGUAAUUCUAUCAGAUUUUCACGAUAAAGUUCGGUAAAAUAUGUCAAAUAGUUGAAAAUUCUGAGUUUUUCACUACCAAAGUUUAUCAAAACUUUUAUAAUACCCUGUAUACUGGCUUGGAAUUUUAUUAGGACAAUGAAAAACAGCUAAAACUUUAUAAAUAUGUAUAUAAAACACUGAAUAUGAUCUUGUUUGAUAUCAAAAUAAAGGAAUAACUACAUUUGAAAUAAGUGCUUCAUAAAAAUCAUUUUAACUUCUGGAAACCCCUGUAUAACCCAAUGGAAUUUCAUGGAAAUAUCAGAACAGGGUUCAAAUUUCAUAAAUCUAUAAAUGAAACAGUUUUUAUGAUCUUUUUUGAUGUCAAAAUAAGGGAAUAACAUUAUUUCAAAUAAGUGCUUCAUAAAAAUCAUUAUAACUUUUGAUAAACCCUGUAUAACCCAAUGGAAUUUCAUGGAAAUAUCAGAACAGGGUUCAAAUUUCAUAAAUCUAUAAAUGAACAGUUUUUAUGAUCUUAUUUGAUGUCGAAAUAAGGGAAUAACAUUAUUUCAAAUGAGUGCUUCAUAAAAAUCAUUAUAACUUCUGAAACCCCCUGUAUAACCCAAUGGAAUUUCAUGGAAAUAUCAGAACAGGGUUCAAAUUUCAUAAAUCUAUAAAUGAACAGUUUUUAUGAUCUUAUUUGAUGUCGAAAUAAGGGAAUAACAUUAUUUCAAAUGAGUGCUUCAUAAAAAUCAUUAUAACUUCUGAAACCCCCUGUAUAACCCAAUGGAAUUUCAUGGAAAUAUCAGAACAGGGUUCAAAUUUCAUAAAUCUAUAAGUGAAAUAGUGUAUAUGAUCUUAUUUGAUGUAAAAAUAAGGGAAUAACAUUCUUUCAAAUGGGUGCUUCAUAAAAAUCAUUAUAACUUCUGAAACCCCCUGUAUAACCUAAUGGAAUUUCAUGAAAAUAUCAGAACAGGGUUCAAAUUUCAUAAAUCUAUACGUGAAACAGUUUUUAUGAUCUUGUUUGAUGUCAAAAUAAGGGAAUAACUUUAUUUCAAAUAAGUGCUUCAUAAAAAUCAUUAUAACUUCUGAAACCCCCUGUAUAACCCAAUGGAAUUUCAUGGAAAUAUCAGAACAGGGUUCAAAUUUCAUAAAUCUAUAAGUGAAAUAGUGUAUAUGAUCUUAUUUGAUGUAAAAAUAAGGGAAUAACAUUCUUUCAAAUGGGUGCUUCAUAAAAAUCAUUAUAACUUCUGAAAAACCCUGUAUAAUCUAAUUUAAUUUCAUGGAAAUAUCAGAACAAUGUUCAAAUUUGAUAAAUCUAUACGUAAAACAGUGUAUAUGAUCUUAUAUGAUGUCAAAAUAAGGGAAUAACAUUAUUUCAAAUAAGUGCUUCAUAAAAACCAUCAUAACUUUUGAAAAACCCUGUAUAACCCAAUGGAAUUUCAUGGAAAUAUCAGAACAGGGUUCAAAUUUCAUAAAUCUAUAAAUGAACAGUUUUUAUGAUCUUAUUUGAUGUCGAAAUAAGGGAAUAACAUUAUUUCAAAUGAGUGCUUCAUAAAAAUCAUUAUAACUUCUGAAACCCCCUGUAUAACCCAAUGGAAUUUCAUGGAAAUAUCAGAACAGGGUUCAAAUUUCAUAAAUCUAUAAAUGAACAGUUUUUAUGAUCUUAUUUGAUGUCGAAAUAAGGGAAUAACAUUAUUUCAAAUAAGUGCUUCAUAAAAAUCAUUAUAACUUUUGAUAAACCCUGUAUAACCCAAUGGAAUUUCAUGGAAAUAUCAGAACAGGGUUCAAAUUUCAUAAAUCUAUAAAUGAAACAGUUUUUAUGAUCUUUUUUGAUGUCAAAAUAAGGGAAUAACAUUAUUUCAAAUAAGUGCUUCAUAAAAAUCAUUAUAACUUUUGAUAAACCCUGUAUAACCCAAUGGAAUUUCAUGGAAAUAUCAGAACAGGGUUCAAAUUUCAUAAAUCUAUAAAUGAAACAGUUUUUAUGAUCUUUUUUGAUGUCAAAAUAAGGGAAUAACAUUAUUUCAAAUAAGUACUUCAUAAAAAUCAUUAUAACUUUUGAUAAACCCUGUAUAACCCAAUGGAAUUUCAUGGAAAUAUCAGAACAGGGUUCAAAUUUCAUAAAUCUAUAAAUGAACAGUUUUUAUGAUCUUAUUUGAUGUCGAAAUAAGGGAAUAACAUUAUUUCAAAUGAGAGCUUCAUAAAAAUCAUUAUAACUUCUGAAACCCCCUGUAUAACCCAAUGGAAUUUCAUGGAAAUAUCAGAACAGGGUUCAAAUUUCAUAAAUCUAUAAGUGAAAUAGUGUAUAUGAUCUUAUUUGAUGUAAAAAUAAGGGAAUAACAUUCUUUCAAAUGGGUGCUUCAUAAAAAUCAUUAUAACUUCUGAAACCCCCUGUAUAACCUAAUGGAAUUUCAUGAAAAUAUCAGAACAGGGUUCAAAUUUCAUAAAUCUAUACGUGAAACAGUUUUUAUGAUCUUGUUUGAUGUCAAAAUAAGGGAAUAACUUUAUUUCAAAUAAGUGCUUCAUAAAAAUCAUUAUAACUUCUGAAACCCCCUGUAUAACCCAAUGGAAUUUCAUGGAAAUAUCAGAACAGGGUUCAAAUUUCAUAAAUCUAUAAGUGAAAUAGUGUAUAUGAUCUUAUUUGAUGUAAAAAUAAGGGAAUAACAUUCUUUCAAAUGGGUGCUUCAUAAAAAUCAUUAUAACUUCUGAAAAACCCUGUAUAACCCAAUGGAAUUUCAUCACGAUUAUACGACAGGGUUUAAAUCUAAGAAAUUGAUAAAUUUUAUACUGAUAUCGAUGUAAUUCUUAUAAAAAAUCAAUUGUAUAAAUGAAACACUCAAAAAACGAAAAAAAAAAAUUAUUUUUCUGUAGUUCCACUUAUUUCAUAUUUAUAUCAUUUUCUUCUCGAUUCUUUGUAGUGCUGGUAACUAUAUUAAUUAUAAUUAUCAUUAAAGACGUGGAAAAUUUCCUUUUUCUCCAUGGCAGCUUUAGGUAAAUAAUCUACUAGUCCAUUAAAGUAAUUU